CAGGUUCAUUUACCUGCCGCAGAGGAGGGCCAAUGACUGGACUGUCAGGCUUGUGGCAAGGAAAAAGAGGUUUACUGUCGAAAGGCAGCCAGACGAGGAAAUGCGAAUUAAAACUCAAACCCACCUCCUCAAAGGCAAAACGAUGGCUUUUCCGUGCCGCAGGUCCAUGAAGAAUCCCAAGACUCUGACCAGCCUUCUGGUGGGCGUGAGUUUCUUGGCCCUGCGCCUGUGGUUCCUCCAAGCCCCCAGUUCCCAGCAGGAGGAGAUGUGGGGUGGCCCCCUCCCCGCUGCCGCGCACCCUUCGGCGUUCAGUCCGGGGCCCCCGUGUGUGGCCAACGCCUCGGCGAACGCCACGGCCGACUUCGAGCAGCUGCCCGCGCGCAUGCAAGACUUCCUGCGCUACCGCCACUGCCGCCACUUCCCGCUGCUCUGGGACGCGCCGGCCAAGUGCGCGGGCCGCCGCGGGGUCUUCCUGCUGCUGGCCGUGAAGUCGUCGCCCGCCAACUACGAGCGGCGCGAGCUCAUCCGGCGCACGUGGGGGCAGGAGCGCAGCUACGGCGGGCGGCCGGUGCGCCGCAUCUUCCUGCUGGGCACGGCCGGGCCCGAGGACGCCGAGCGCGCCGAGCGGCUGGCGGCGCUGGUGGGGCUGGAGGCGCGCGAGCACGGCGACGUGCUGCAGUGGGCCUUCGCCGACACCUUCCUCAACCUCACGCUCAAGCACGUGCACCUGCUCGACUGGCUGGCGGCGCGCUGCCCGCAAGCGCGCUUCCUGCUCAGCGGCGACGACGACGUCUUCGUGCACACCGCCAACGUGCUCCGCUUCCUGGAGGCGCAGCCGCCCGACCGCCACCUCUUCACCGGGCAGCUCAUGGAGGGCUCCGUGCCCAUCCGCGAGAGCUGGAGCAAGUACUUCGUGCCCCCGCAGCUCUUCCCCGGGAAGGCCUACCCCGCCUACUGCAGUGGCGGCGGCUUCCUCCUGUCCAGCCACACGAUCGGCGCCCUGCACAGGGCCGCCCGCCACACCCCUCUCUUCCCCAUCGACGACGCCUACAUGGGCAUGUGUCUGCAGCGCGCCGGCCUGGCGCCCAGCGGCCACGAGGGCAUCAGGCCCUUCGGCGUGCAGCUGCCCGGCGCCCGGCAGCCCUCCUUCGACCCCUGCAUGUACCGCGAGCUGCUGCUCGUGCACCGCUUUGCGCCCUACGAGAUGCUGCUCAUGUGGAAGGCGCUGCAUGACCCCGCGCUGAGCUGUGACCGGGGGCACAGGGUCUCCUGAGGCCGGGUGGGCCGCGCUGGGGGGAUGAGCAGCCUCCGCGUGUGAUGUUUUCCGUUCUGAGAGCGCCUCUUCCCUGCUCUGCAUACCUUCUGUCCUAGCCAUCUUGGUGCAGCUGGGAAUCAUCUGGGGGUGUGUGUGGAAAAUAGCUAUGUCCUGGCCCCAUCUCCAAAGGUUCUGAUUGCAGUGGUCUGGGUGCCCCCAGACGUCUAGAUGUUUUUUAAGUUCCUCAGGUGAUUCGAAUGUGCAGCUAGGAGUGGAGCCCACUGGGUUAGCGAUGUCUGUUGUCCUUCCAAACCCACCUCCACUGCCCCCUCUCGCAGCCCUCCAGGGCACCUAGCUCCUGCGCUCCAGUCACUGUGGGCAAUGGAGCAAGAGAGGUGUGAGGGCCAGGAUCAAAUGUUGCCUGUUGGGUGCAGUACACAUAUGAGUCCUCACUUCUGUCAUUUCCUCCACAAAUGAGCAGAGGUGAGCUGAGCUGACAGUCAUCUGAUGGAUCUCCCUCCCCCAGAAGUCAGUCUACACUUGGGCCCUGAAAAGCAACCCUCUAGAGUCAGAGCUGAGGGUGUCUGGCAGCCUUCCUCCCACCCAGUUCUCUCCCACCCCCAGUCUCCCUGUGAGGUCAAAAUCCCCACUGUGCAAAGUCAAAACUGAGGCUGGGUCAGGGCAGUGACUCAUCCAGGGCCAUGUGGUCUCCUCCCCACUCACCCUGACCAUGGCUAAUGGCCUGUUUGGGUCCUGCUCAUGCACACUUGCCUCACCAGCACUCGCUCCCAGGGGGCAGAUAUGCCUCUGCACCUUCGCACAAGCGCUGAUCCAUAUACUCGAAAUGUCCCCCGAACGCCACCACCAUCCAUGUCUCCUGUGUCGGGGGAGGCUGCCAGCUGUCCACCAAAACCUGCCAGCCCCUUCCUCCUGACACACUGAGACUACGCUUCCCAGCCCCCCUUGCCGUUAGGUGUGGCCAUGUGACCAAGCUCUCUUCCAUGGAUGUGUGUGGAUGCGAUGAGGACCGCUCCUGCACCAGGGCUCACCUGUGCUCGCAUUCUCCCUCCUGGAUUGGAACACUGAUGGGCCCUGACCCAUCCCUGACUUUGCGCAUGAGGACAACACCCAAGCAGAUGAGGACACCACCACAACGCCCCAAGGCACUGUUGACAUCAUGGGUCGGGCAGUUCUUGUGGGAGGCUAUCCUGUGCACUGGAGAACAGUCACCAGUAUCCCUGUCCUCUGCCCACUAGAUGCCAGUAUCACACCCCGAGUCAUGACACCCAAAAAUAUCUCAGAACGUUGCCAAAUGUACCCCAGUGGGCAAAUUCACCCCUGGUUGAGAACCGCUGGCCUAGAGGAAGGCAGAACAACAAGAGGGUCUCUCAGUUGCCUCACACAGCACAGCUGCCCAUGGACUGACCUGGAAUACUCGGCUGAAACUAUUGAGAAGA